AUGGGUCUACCAGAUUGUUUACGUGUUUCCACCUCUUCCAUUGAUCCCAAGAAUUCUCAAAAGAAUAAAAAGGUAACAGGUUACAGCAAUUCUCAUUGCUCCAGAUUGGCCAAGAAGGGCCUGAUCUUGUAUAUUUCAUGUUCUGUGACCACCAUCAGUAGGAAUGCUGAACCUCGUGGGAUUGCUUUGCUCUCCACGCUUAAGAACACAGUGGGAACUCCAUCGGUAAUUGCACAGGCAACAGAUACAAGCAGAACAUCUAUUAGAUACACAACAACAAUCCCCAGUGAGACACAUAUUACAGGCCUCGAGGCAAACUUGGUAUCUCCAAAGCCACUAACAUUGUCUACUGAAAAGCCAACAACAUGGAAAACUACCCUUUCCGUAUCUGCAGAAGCAAAACCUCCACCAGCAAACAGAACAAUGGCACAGCCUACAAAAUUGAUUACAACAACAGAACAAGUAAGAGAGAGAACAGUAACAAAUAUAAGAGAUCUGACCAUGCUAACAACUGAAGAAACACCAGCAGAAACAGAUGGAGGAGAAACAAAAAGUAUAAUAAAUGAAAAGACAACACCAUUUUUAACUUCAAGAAUAGUCAAACAAAGCGCAACUGUUGACUAUUCUGUUGCAGCAUCUUCAAGAAAAAACACACAGGUUACUACUAUUCCAACUGAGAAAGAAGCUUCAUCAGGUGUAUCAAAUACAGGAAUAGCAAAAUUAGCAACAGAAUCAGCAACACACACUACAAAAACAGCAACUUCAAGCCCAAUAAAAAAACAUGUGAUUGAAACAGCAGAAUCUCCAUCCACUCCAAAAGGAACAACAAAACGAAUUACAGAUAUAAUAAAAGAAAGUGAAACUAUAAAAACAGGGAGAGUAACAAGUUCAACAGAAACCAUAUUGUUAGUCACAACAUCUACAGAGAAGAAGACAUUGCAGACACCUAAAUCAACAAUAGAAUUAACAUCAACAGCAAGACUAUCACAAUUAGCCCUGGAGACCACAACAGAUUUUACGCCAGUAACAAGUAUAACAUCAACUUCCGAAACCACAUUAGAACCAAUAACAGACAUUAAACCUUCAACUAGCAGAUAUACAAUUAAAAAUGCAGAUAUGAAAACAACCUCAAUAACAGCAGUAACAAGUGGAAUCAAAUAUAUUGCAAUUUCUACUAAUAUUGGAACAACAAAAAAACCUACUGACACUGCAAAUAGAAAAUCUAUAGAAAUUACAACAAUAGACAUUUCAGGACAAUCUGAGGGGAUGACUAUUAUAGACACAGCAACACUUACCGCUGUAGAAGGUUCAACAAUAGCAACAACAACAGAAGUUGUAACAACAAAACCAUACAGUUCCAGCUCAGUUACUCAAGUUUUUGCAGCACCCACUAAUGUUGUUACAACAGACCUGCCUACUGACAAUGCAAAGACAAAAUCUACUCUGCACACAGCAAUAGUAACAUCACAAACAUCUGCAGAAAAAAUAUCUGUUUUAAAAAACACUGCCACUACAGGAAAAUCUAUGGAAGCACUGGAAACAAUACUGACAGAAAGUACAGUAAUUGCAACAACAGGAACCCCUGCAAUAGGUGCAGCAUUGACUACAAUUUCUACAGAUAAGCAAUCUACAGUGGUAACAUCCAUAGAAUCUAACACAAUAUCCACGUCUGGAAUAGAUACUGAGGGCACGAUAGCUUCCAUUACAAGUAGGACAUCUGGAAGUACAACAGAAGAUGUGAAGACAAAAUCAGAACAAGCUACAACAACUUCAGAAACAGUUACAGAUAACAAGAUAACAACUAUAUAUUUAGCAAAAACAGAACAAACUACAUUGGGCACAUUGCCAGUUACAGAAACAAGAGCUACUGAAUUUGUAACUAUACAAGAUAUAAAAUCUUCAACAAUCCUGGCAUCAACAAAUGCAGAAGAUGUAGCAGCAUCUACAUAUGUCACCACCAUAGAAACAACAGCAGCUGGGACCACAAAAUAUACAGAAGCAGCAACAGAGGGCAGAGGGGAUGGAUCAACAGCAGCUGCAGAAGUUUCAGCAAUAGCAACAGCUACAGAAGCUGGGACAGCAACAACAUUCAGUUCCAGAUCCUUUACUGAAGAUUUUGCAACAACUAAUAAUGUUCCCACAGAAACGGCUACUGACAGUGUAAUGACAACCUCUGUUCCACAUACAACAAUAGCAACAUCAGAAUCAUCUGCAGUAAGUACAUCUGUAUCAGCAAAUGCUGCAACAACAGAAAUACCUAUGGAAGCACUGGCAACAACAUUGACAGAAAAUACAGAGAAUCCAACAAGAGGAACAGCUGCCAUAGGUACAACACUCACAACAAUUACUCAUACAACUACGGAAUCUGCAAUGGCAACAUCCAUAGAUGUUAAUGCAAUAUCCACAUCUGGAAUAGUUAGUGAGGGUACAACAGCUUCCAUCACAUCUAGGACACCUGGAAGACCAACAGAAGAUGUGAUGACAAAAUCAGUAGAAGCUACAACAACAUCAGGACCAGCUACAGAUAACAGUAUAACAACUAUAUAUUUAACAGAGACAGAACAGACUACAUCAGGCACAUUACCAGAUACAGAAACAGGAGCUACUGAACUCACAACUACACAAGAUAUACAAUCUUCAACAGUACUGGCAUCAAUGAACGCAGAAGAUGUAGCAGCAUCUACAUAUGUCACCUCCAUAGAGACAACAGCAGCAGGGACCACAAAAUAUACAGAAGCAGCAACAGAGAGAGGAGGGGAUGGAUCAACAGCAGCUGCAGAAGCUGCAACAAUAGCAACAGCUACAGAAGCUGGGACAGCAACAACAUUCAGUUCCAGCUCAGUUACUGAAGAGUUUGUAACACCUACUAAUGUUAUUACAACAGACAUGCUUACUAACAGUGUAAUGACAGAAUCUAUACCACAUACAACAAUAGCAACAUCAGAAACAUCUGCAGAAAGUACAACUGUAUCAACAAAUGCUGCAACAACUGGAAUAUCUAUGGAAGCAUUGGCAACAACAUUGACAGAAAGUAGAGAGAUUACUGCUAGAGGAACAGCUGCCAUAAGUACAACAGGUACAUCAAUUUCUCAACCAAACAAGGAAUCUGCAAUGGCUACAUCCAUAGCUGCUAAUAUAAAAUCCACCUCAGGAAUAGUUAGUGAAGGUACAACAGCUUCCAUCAUAGCGAGGACACCUGGAAGACCAACAGAAGAUGUGAAGACAAAAUCAGAACAAGCGACAACAACAACAUCAGGAGCAGCUACAGAUAACAAGAUAACAACUAUACAUUUAACAAAGACAGAAAAAACUACAUCAGGCACAUUACCGGUUACAGAAACAGGAGCUACUGAAUUCACAACUACACAAGACAUAAAAUCUUCAACAAUCCUAGCACUAACAAAAGCAGAAGAUGUAGCAGCAUCUACAUAUGUCACCACCAUAGAAACAACAUCAGCAGCUGGGACCACAAAAUAUACAGAAGCAGCAACAGAGGGCGGAGGGAAUGGAACAAUAGCAGCUGAAGAAGCUUCAACAAUAGCAACAGCUACAGAAGCUGGAGCAACAAAACCGUUUAGUUCCAGCUCAGUUACUAUAGAUUUUGCAACACUUACUAAUGUUCCCACAGACAUGACUACUGACAGUGUAAUGACAAACUCUGAACCACAUACAAUAGCAACAUCAGAAACUUCCACAGAAAGUACAUCUGUAUCAACAAAUGCUGUAACAACAGGAAAAUCUAUAGAAUCACUGGCAACAACAUUAACAGAAAAUACAGAGAUUGCAACAAGAGGAACAGCUGUCAUAAGAACAACAUUGGCUACAAUUAUUAAUACAACUACGGAAUCUGCAAUGGCAACAUCCAUAGAUGUUAAUUCAAUAUCCACAUCUGGAAUAGUUAGUGAAGGCACAACAGCUUCCAUCACAUCUAGGACACCUGGAAGACCAACAGAAGAUGUGAAGACAAAAUCAGUAGAAGCUACAACAUCAGGAGCAGCUACAGAUAACAGUAUAACAACUAUAUAUUUAACAGAGACAGAACAGACUACAUCAGGCACAUUACCAGUUACAGAAACAGGAGCUACUGAACUCACAACUACACAAGAUAUAAAAUCUUCAACAAUCCUGGCACCAACAAAAGCAGAAGAUGUAGCAGCAUCUACAUAUGUCACCACCAUAGAGACAACAGAAGGAGGGACAACAAAAUAUACAGAUCCAGCAACAGAGAGAGGAGGGGAUGGAUCAACAGCAGCUGCAGAAGCUGCAACAAUAGCAACAGCUACAGAAGCUGGGACAGCAACAACAUUCAGUUCCAGCUCAGUUACUGAAGAGUUUGUAACACCUACUAAUGUUAUUACAACAGACAUGCUUACUAACAGUGUAAUGACAGAAUCUAUACCACAUACAACAAUAGCAACAUCAGAAACAUCUGCAGAAAGUACAACUGUAUCAACAAAUGCUGCAACAACUGGAAUAUCUAUGGAAGCAUUGGCAACAACAUUGACAGAAAGUAGAGAGAUUACUGCUAGAGGAACAGCUGCCAUAAGUACAACAGGUACAUCAAUUUCUCAACCAAACAAGGAAUCUGCAAUGGGAACAUCCAUAGCUGCUAAUACAAUAUCCACCUCAGGAAUAGUUAGUGAAGGUACAACAGCUUCCAUCACAUCUAGGACACCUGGAAGUGCAACAGAAGAUGUGAAGACAAAAUCAGAACAAGCGACAACAACAACAUCAGGACCAGCUACAGAUAACAAGAUAACAACUAUAUAUUUAGCACAAACAGAAAAAACUACAUUGGGCACAUUACCAGUUAUAGUGGCAGACACAGAAGCUACUGAAUUUGUAACCACACAAAGUCUAAAAGUGGCAACAAACCAGGAAGCUACAAAAUCUGAUGAUAUAAUAUCAUCUACAUCUAUUGGCACUGUAGAGACAACAUCAGAAGGGACAACAAAAUAUACAGAUGCAGCAACAGAGGGCGGAGGGGAUGGAUCAACAGCAGCUGCAGAAGUUUUAACAGUAGCAACAGCUACAGCAGCUGGAACAACAAAACCAUUCAGUUCCAGCUCAGUUACUCAAGUUUUUGCAACAUCUACUAAUGUUCUCACAGACAUGCCUACUGACAUUGCAAACACAAACUCUAUACCACAUACAAUAGUAACAUCAGAAACUUCUGCAGAAAGUUCAUCUGUAUCAACAGGAAAAUCUAUAGAAGCACUGGCAACAACAUUAACAGAAAAUACAGAGAUUGCAACAAGAGGAACAGCUGCCAUAAGUACAACAUUGGCUACAAUUACUCAUACAACUACGGAAUCUGCAAUAGCAACAUCCACAGAUGUUACUACAAUAUCCACAUCUGGAAUAGUUACUGAAGGUACAACAGCUUCCAUCACAUCUAGGACACCUGGAACAACAGAAGAUGUGAAGACAAAAUCAGUAGAAGCUACAACAACAUCAGGAGCAUCUACAGAUAACAGUAUAACAACUAUAUAUUUAACAGAGACAGAACAGACUACAUCAGGCACAUUACCAGUUACAGAAACAGAAGCUACUGAAUUCACAACUACACAAGAUAUAAAAUCUUCAACAAUCCUAGCACCAACAAAAGCAGAAGAUGUAGCAGCAUCUACACAUACCACUACCAUAGAGACACCAACAGCAUGGGCAACAAUAUAUACAGAAGCAGCAACAGAGGGUGGAGGGGAUGGAACAAUCGCAGCUGCAGAGACUUCAACAAUAGCAACAGCAACAGAAGCUAGAGCAACAUCAUUCAGUUUCAGCUCAGUCACUGAAAAUUUUGCAACACCUACUAAUGCUGUUCCCACAGACAUGACUACUGACAGUGUUAUGACAAACUCCAUACCACAUACAAUAGCAACAUCAGAAACUUCUGCAGAAAGUACAUCUGUAUCAACAAAUGCUCUAACAGAAAAAUCUAUAGAAGCACUGGCAACAACAUUGACAGAAAAUACAGAGAUUGCAACAAGAGGAACAGCUGCCAUAAGUACAACAUUGGCUACAAUUACUCAUACAACUCAGGAAUCUGCAAUAGCAACAUCCACAGAUGUUACUACAAUAUCCACAUCUGGAAUAGGUACUGAAGGUACAACACCUUCCAUCACAUCUAGGACAGCUGGAAGUGCAACAGAAGAUGUGAAGACAAAGUCAGUAGAAGCUACAACAAUAUCAGGAGCUGCUACAGAUAACAAUAUAACAACUAUAUAUUUAACAAAGACAGAACAAACUUCAUCAGGCACAUUACCAGUUACGGAAACAGGAGCUACUGAAUUUGAAGCUACACAAGAUAUACAAUCUUCAACAGUACUGGCAUCAACAAAAGCAGAAGAUGUAGCAGCAUCUACAUAUGUCACCUCCAUAGAGACAACAGCAGGAGGGACAACAAAAUAUACAGAUGCAGCAACAGGGGGCGGAGGGCAUGGAUCAACAGCAGCUGCAGAAGCUUCAACAAGAGCAACAGCUUCAGAGGCUGCAACAACAAAACCAUUCAGUUCCAGCUCAGUUACUCGAGCAUUUGUAAAACCUACUCAUGUUGUUCCCACAGACAUGCCUACUGAUAGUGUAAUGACAGGAUCUACAGAUCUUGCAUCGACUAAAACAUCAGAAAAAUCUGCAGAAAGUACAUCUAUAGGUACAAUAGCUUCCAUCACAUCUGGGACACCUGGAAGUGCAACAGAAGAUGUAUUGACAAAAACAACAACAUCAUCAUCGUCAUCAUCAUUUUCUUCAUCAUCAGGAGCAGCUACAGAUAACAGAAUAACAACUAUAGAUUUAGAAAAAACAGCCACGGCUACAUCGGGCACAUUACCAGUUACAGUGGCAGAAACAGGAGCUACUGAAUGUGUGACCACACCAGCUAUAAAAGCCUCAACAAUCCUGGCAUCAACAAACGAUGCAGAUGGUAUAAUAUCAUCUACAUAUCCGGGCACCACAGAAACAACAGCAGCAGGGGCAGCUACAGAUAACAAAAUAAUGACUAUAUAUUUAGUAAAAACAGGACAAACUACAUCAGGCACAUUACCAGUUACAGAAACAACAGCAGCAGGGGCAACAAAAUAUACAGGAGCAGCAAUGGAGAGUGGAGGAGAUGGACCAACACCAACUGACGAAGUUUCGACAGUAGCAACAGCUAUAGAAGGUGUAACAACGAAACCAUUCAGUUCCAGCUCAGGUACUCAAGUUUUUGCAACACCUACCUCUCUUGCUACAACAGACAUGCCUACUUACAGUGUAAUGGCAGAAUCUACAGAUCUUGCAUCAAUAAAAACAUCAGAAACAUCUGCAGAAAGUACAUCUGUAUCAACACAAUCUGUAACAACUGGAAUCUCCAUGGAAGCACUGGCAACAACAAUGACAAAAAGUACAGAGAUUGCAACAAGAGGAACAGCUGCCAUAAGUACAACAUUGACAAAAAUUGAUCAGGCAACCAAGGAUUCUGCAAUGGGAACAUCCAUAGAAGCUAUGACAUUAUCCACAUCUGGAAUAGAUACUGAAGGCACAACAGCUUCCAUCACAUCUAGGACACCUGGAAGUGCAACAAGAGAUUUGGUGACGGAAUUACUUUUAACUGCAACAACAACAUCCGGAGCAGCUACAGAUAACAAAAUAAUGACUAUAUAUUUAGUAAAAACAGAACAAACUACAUCAGGCACAUUACCAGUUACAGAAACAGGAGCUACUGAAUUUAUAACUACACAAGAUAUAAAAUCUCCAACAAUCCUGGUAUCAACAAAAGCAGAAGAUAUAGCAGCAUCUACAUAUGUCACCUCCAUAGAGACAACAGCAGGAGGGACAACAACAUAUACAUAUGCAGAUGCAGCAACAGAGGGCGGAGGGGAUGGAUCAUCAGCAGCUGCAGAAGCUUCAACAAUAGCAACAGCUACAGAAACUGGGACAACAAAACUGUUCAGUUCCAGCUCGGUUACUGAAGGUUUUGCAACAUCUACGAAUGCUAUUAUCACAGACAUGUCUACUGACAGUGUAAUGACAAUGUCUACAGAUCUCCCAUCAAUUCAAACAUCAGGAACAUCUGCAGAAAGUACAUCUGUAUCUACAAGUGCUGUAACAACUGGAAUAUCUAUGGGAGCACUGGCAACAACACGGACUGAUAAUACAGAGAUUGCAACAAGAGGAACAGCUGCCCUAUCUACAGUGAUGACAAUUGCUCAUACAACCAAGGAUUCUGCAAUGGCAACAUCCAUAGAUGCUAAGACAGUAUCCACAUCUGGAAUAGGUACUGACGGUACAACAGCUUCCAUCACAUCUAGGACACCUGGAAGUGCAACAGCAGAUGUGAAGACAAAAUUAGUAUCAGCUACAACAUCACCAGGAACAUCUGCAGAAGACAGGAUUACAUCUACAGGGUUUGUCAAAAUAAGAACAGCUAUACCUGACAAAUUGCCAUUUACAGUUAUAGAAGCAGGAGCUGCUGAAUUUCUAACCACACCAGAUGUAAAAGCUUCUACAAUUCCGGCAUCAACAAAAUCUGUAGAAGUUAAAAUCAAUUUAGGAAGACUGGAACCAGUACAGAGAGAGAUUGUUACCAAGCACAUAGCCGUAACAGCAACCUCUGAAAAAGACACAACAGCAGCAACUAUUGUAAAAGAUGCAAGAAUAUCAACCGGCUUGCCUGCGACAGAGAAAUCUAAGCAAACUGAAUCUAUAACAUCAAUAGAAGUCACAACAGGAAUGUCUGUAGAAGGUACAACAAUUACAACACCGGGAAAAUCUUUAUAUUCUACAGUGUUUAUGGCUGCUGCAAAUCCAGGAACCGUUGCACAAACAUCUAUAAAAGCCAUAGAAACAUUGGCGUCUGAACCCUCUAUAGAAAAUUCAACACCAAAUACAGGUACUGCAACAGCAAUAACAGCUGCAAAAAGCAAAACACCCAUACAAUCUACAAUAAUAUCCCUAACACAAAGAGAUGCUGGAGUUACAACAUUCUCAAUAAAAUCUAUAGUAGCAGCUACAGGAACAGUUCACGAUAGUACAGCAGCUUCCGUAGCAGCUAUAACAUUAACCCCACGAGGAACAAUUCCAGCAGGAAGUAAAACAACAUCUAAAGAUGUUGCAAAAAGUACAAUUACAGAAGCUCUAGCAAAAACAUCUGUUUCACAGGGUACAAUAAAAACAUUAGAACCAACUGUAGGUAGUAUACAAACAUCUACAGAUGCUAAGACAAUGGGAAUAGCAAAUUACACUGGAACCAUCCCGAAUUUAGAAAUGUCAACUAUAUUAACAGAAACACCAGCUGCAGAGGAUACAAGAACAACUAUAUAUGCUUCAACACCAGGUGCUGUAUCCACAUCAUCUAUAGGAGGUACAUCAAUAGUAACAUCUAGCAUAGCAUCUGAAGGUAAAUCAAUAUCUACAGCAGCCACAACAAAAGAAAAAGCUGUAGAGAGUGUAACAUCAACAUCUAGAGAUGCCACAGCAGUUUCAACAACCAACACAUCUAUAGAAGUAUCUUUACCAACUACAGAUAUGAAAAUAACAACAACAGCUCAAGAAGUUGUAGUAACAACAACAGUCAAAGAACGUAUGACAGUAUCUACAAUAGGAACAGCUCCCUAUAGCACUGCAACACCUAUAAUCUCCACAGAUGGUUCCAAAUCAAAUACAGAAUCUACAACAGAUAGAAAACAUGCAGAAUUGCUAACAUCAGAAGCCAUAGGCACUACAAUGUCAAAAACAUCAACAGAUUCAGAAAGUGCAACAAAUACCCUAACAAGAACUUCAGAAGCUUUAUCUGUAUCUAAACAUGCAACAACAUUAUCCAUCAGAGAAGAUGAACCAAGUACAUCAAUAUCUAGUGAUGCUAUAACAACAAGCAUGGUUGCAGAUGUUGUAACAGCUACAGAAGUUACAACAUCAAUAGCAAUGGCUUUAAAUAGUACAACAUCAUCUGCAAAUGGUCUAAAAAUAGGAACAGCAACUAAAUCUACAACUAAAACACUAGAAGGUAUAACACUUACCGAUGCUACAACAACAGGAACAGCUAUAUCCAGAGAAUCAGCUACAAACGUAAUGGCAGGAACAGCUUCACAAGGUAUAACAGUUAUGGAUUCUACAAUAACAGGAACAGCUUCAGAAGGUAUAACAACACUUACUGAUACUACGAGAACAGGAACAGCUAAAUCCAGAGACUCAACUACAAUAGUAAUGCCAGGAACAGCUUCAGAAGGUAUAACAGUUAUGGAUACUACAAUAACAGGAACAGCUUCAGAAGGUAUAACACUUACCGAUACUACAACAACAGUAACAGCUAUAUCCAGAGAAUCAGCUACAAUAGUAAUGCCAGGAACAGCUUCAGAAGGUAUAACAGUUAUGGAUACUACAAUAACAGGAACAGCUUCAGAAGGUAUAACACUUACCGAUACUACAACAACAGUAACAGCUAUAUCCAGAGAAUCAGCUACAAUAGUAAUGGCAGGAACAGCUUCAGAAGGUAUAACAGUUAUGGAUUCUACUAUAACAGGAACAGCUUCAGAAGGUAUAACAACACUUACUGAUGCUACAACAACAGGAACAGCUAAAUCCAGAGAAUCAGCUACAAUAGUAAUGCCAGGAACAGCUUCACAAGGUAUAACAGUUAUAGAUUCUACAAUAACAGGAACAGCUUCAGAAGGUAUAACAACACUUACUGAUACUACGAGAACAGGAACAGCCAAAUCCAGAGAAUCAACUACAAUAGUAAUGCCAGGAACAGCUUCAGAAGGUAUAACAGUUAUGGAUACUACAAUAGCAGGAACAGCUUCAGAAGGUAUAACAACACUUACUGAUACUACGAGAAUAGGAACAGCUAAAUCCAAAGAAUCAGCUACAAUACUAAUGUCAGGAACAGCUUCAGAAGGUAUAACAGUUAUGGAUACUGCAAUAACAGGAACAUCUUCAGAAGGUAUAACAACACUUACUGAUGCUACAACAACAGGAACAGCUAAAUCCAGAGAAUCAACUACAAUAGUAAUGCCAGGAACAGCUUCAGAAGGUAUAACAGUUAUGGAUACUACAAUAACAGGAAUAGCUUCAGAAGGUAUAACAAAACUUACUGACACUACAACAACAGGAACAGCUAAAUCCAAAGAAUCAGCUACAAUACUAAUGUCAGGAACAGCUUCAGAAGGUAUAACAGUUAUGGAUACUGCAAUAACAGGAACAUCUUCAGAAGGUAUAACAACACUUACUGAUGCUACAACAACAGGAACAGCUAAAUCCAGAGAAUCAGCUACAAUAGUCAUGCCAGGAACAGCUUCAGAAGGUAUAACAGUUAUGGAUACUACAAUAACAGGAACAGCUUCAGAAGGUAUAACAGUUAUGGAUACUACAAUAACAGGAACAGCUUCAGAAGGUAUAACAACACUUACUGAUGCUACAACAACAGGAACAGCUAAAUCCAGAGAAUCAGCUACAAUACUAAUGUCAGGAACAGCUUCAGAAGGUAUAACAGUUAUGGAUGCUUUAAUAACAGGACCAGCUUCCGAUGGUAUAACAAUACAUACUGAAGCUACAACAACAGGAACAGCUAAAUACAGAGAAUCAACUAUAAUAGAAAUGCCAGGAACAGCUUCAGAAGGUAUAACAGUUACAGAUGCUUUAAUAACAGGAACCGCUUCAGAGGGUAUAACAAUACAUACUGAAGCUACAACAACAGGAACAACUACAGAAGCUGUAAGGACAUUGGCUGAAACUACAAAAAUGUCAUCAAGAGUAAGAGGGACAACUAUUGAUAAAACAAAAGAAGAAUUUACAACAAUAGGAAUUACGGGAACAUCUGGAGAUAUCACAGCGUUAUCUGACAACACUACAAAAACAACAACUAAUAUAGAAGCUAAAGCAGCUUCUUCAGAUAGUUUGUUGGUAACAUCUAUGACCUUUACAAAAGAUUCACCUACAGUGUUUACAGAUUCUACAACAAAAACAGCAACAACCCAAACAGUUGCACAAAGUUCACCUAUAGGUGCAACAACAAUCGUAAAGGAAGUAUCUACAGGAAUUGAAAGUUCAACCACUACAGGUAUAACAACAUCACUACCUACAACAACAGCUGCACAAGUCACAACAAUAUAUCCAGAUAUCACAGGAACUUCAACCACAGAAACAGAAGCUACUUUAGCCACUUCAAAGCAUAGUGCAACAGCAGUAACUGUGGAAUCAGCAUCAGCCAGCACAGUUAAAGACAUUACAUCAACAUUUGCAGAAAUAAUUCCCACAGAGACUGAAACUACAACUGAAAUAUCAACAAUUUCAGAAACUACAAACCCAUCAGAUUCACCUCUAGUAGACGUUGUGCAUACAAUUGCUCCAACAAUAGGUGUAACCACAUCAAGUAUGAGAAUUGUGGAAUCAUCUACCAUGUCAUCAACAGAAUCUACAUUGCAUAAAGAAGGUACGACGGCUUCAACUACAAUGGCAAUGGCAACAGAAAUAGCAACACUACCACUGACUUCACAAUUAACAACAGAAAGUAAAAUUGUAACUACAGAAAAUGUCACUGUACCAAUUCCAAGUACAGAAUUAAGUGCUAUUAUCACACUGUCAAGAGAAACACAAGAGAACAAUACAUCACAUACUGGAAAUACAAGAGGGCCAAGUUUACCCACUAUAGAAGUAGAAAUUACAACUACACCAAGUAUGAUUACAACAAUGGGAUCUGUUCCUGGUUUAACUGGUAUAGAUAAUAUUGCUCUUCUAACAGCAAAAACAGUUGCAUCAACUAGAAGCAUAGCAGAAACAACCAAAGAUUCAACUGUGCAACUCACUGCCACUACAGCAAAGUCUACAACACUGAUUGGUACCGGGAUGUUCACAGAGCAUAAGAUCUUAGCAACAUGGAAUACAGGUACAUCAUUUGUAGGAGGAAUUACUGAAAUAACAUACACACCUAAAGAUGCUAGAAUAUCACCAGUAAUAGACAGUUCAAUGUCAACCAGAUUGUAUACGGAAACAUUAACAGAAAGAACAAGACCAGCUGUAAAUACUGCAACAAUAGAAAACAAUACAAAUGUAAAAACAACAAGUUUCAACUUAGAAAAAUCUGCAACUACAAAAGCAACAACUGAGUUAACCAGUGAAAAUAUAAACAAAACAUUUUCAAAGAGUAUAAAAACAUCAGCCCAAAUAUCUACUACCGAAUCCAAACCUGUUGAAACACCAGCACAAAAGUUAAUUUCCACAAAUGUUAAACCUCUUACUGAACUUAAGGUCACAUCAACUAGAGAAACCAUACCAGUUUUAACUACAUCACUUACAGGAGUGACAGAAAUCACAACUGUAGGAGAAACAAAAAAUUCAACAAUGGCAAAUACAGUAGAGUCUGCAACUACAGCAAAGACAAAUGCAAGUAUAACCAUGGGAGCAGUAAUUGCAACAUCUCUUGCAUCAAAUUUGGGAGCAGCAAAGUAUGCAACUGCAGCAAUGAAAAAGGCAAGCACAACCAUGGGAGCUAUAAUUGCAGCAUCUCUUACAUCAAAUAUGGGAGCAGCAAAGUCUGCAACUACAGCAAUGAAAAAAACAAGCACAACCAUGGGAGCUAUAAUUGCAGCAUCUCAUGCAUCAAAUUUGGGAGCAGCAAAAGACAGUACAACAAAAGUCACAGAAAACACAUCUACUGCUGUAAUUACCAAGGAUACAACAAGAUCAUUUAUAGCAACAAGUUUACAAGGUACAAAAGAGUUCACUAGAAGCACAGCAACUGUAAAACCCAUAACAACAAUACUUCCAAAGUUACCAACAUCUGAUAUUAAUAUCGAUCUGCUGACAAUUAACUCUACAAAAGCGGGAGUGACAACGGAUGUUACAGCAUCAACACUUGCCACAGCAAGGACAAUAAACACAGCUGUAAUAUCUGCAUUCCCUACAGAGAUGGCAACUACUAAAAAUAUGGAGAUUAAAAAAAUAGUGACAACUUUAAAAGCUGCAACGGCAGUAAACACAACCAGUAUAGGUGCAUUAACUACAGAAUUAACAUCAGCUGUAACUAAGGAAACACAAAAAGAAGUUGCUACAAAAGCUAUGUCAGGCCCAACUUCAAUUAUAGGUUUAUUGCCGUUGCAGACUGUAUCAGCCAUACUUUAUACUGCAGAAGCAAGCACAAUGGGAACUACAGUGACUGAACAUGCUAAACAAACAACUGCAGAAGUUACAAUGAGGCCAAGUACAACAAAUAAAUCUGUGAUUGCCAGGGAUAUUCCAACCUAUCUCUCAACUACUAAAUCAUCUACUGAAAAGACUACAAAAUCCACAAAUGUAUCAACAAUAACUACAUUAACAAGCCUAAAAAGUAACAAAACUAUUACUACAACAAAAGAAAGUCAUAUCAAUGUAACAAUGGGGACUAUUGAUACAAAAAGAUCAAUAAAUACUACAGAAAGCAGACUGACUGUUAGAGAACCGACUGGAGGAUAUAGGACCAGUGGAGUAACACCAAACACAAAAGAAAUUGGAACAACCACCAAGAAAUAUAUUACAGUUACUGAAAACAGAACAACUCCUUACAGAAAGACACAUUUUACAACCAACACAACUGCAAUCAGUAAAACAAUGCAAACAUCAAGUAUAACAAGACCACCAGUGGUAAGUGAAUAUGCUGAUUUGCCCAGCUGGGGAAUCAUUCUUGUUUGCCUGGGAGUCAUGUUUGGAACAAUGCUGUCUUUGCUUCUCUGUUGCGGGAUAAUGUACCUGAGAAGACAAUCUAAUUUCACCAGAAAUGUCUAUGUAGUUAAUGAACCAUGA